CAGCGCUGCGCCGCACGUGUGCGAGCCCGGCGGCUGGUGGGAGAUCUGGUACGAGUGAGUUUCCUCGCGGUGUAGCCUCUGCGGACUGGCGCUGGCUGCCGUCUCCUCCGAGUGGCCGCCGCUCUCCUGCGUCCAGAGCGAGAGCCUUCUUUGCCGCUUGGCCCGCGCCUUCAGGCUCCGGGUUCUCGUAAAUGUUUUCUUGGAACCUUAAAGAUGGAAAUGACAAACGUGUCCCUGAAACGUGGGUGCCUUGUUGUGGAAGAUAAUGACGGUGUGGCCUCGUGGGAGGAAGCAAAGAAACAGAAGGUCUCAGAGUGCUGUCUGAACGACAGUCGGGAUGGAGUAGAAAAUGAAGGUCUGCACAGCCGUGAGGACGAGCCUGGGCCUCCAGAGGCUGAAAGUACAGAGAAAGAUGAAGAGAAUUCCAGUGCUCAUGUGCGAGAGGAGGAAGAGGAGGAAGAAGAGGAAGAAGGCCUUCCAGAGACAGGGGAAGAGGAGGAGCCAGAGAGCUUUGCAGACAUGAUGAAGCACGGACUCACAGAGCUUGACGUAGGCAUCACCAAGUUUGUGAGCCCUCAUGAGGGCUUCUCGGGGAUCCUAAAAGAAAGGUACUCUGACUUUGUUGUUCAUGAAAUCGGGAAAGAUGGACGGAUCAGCCAUUUGGAUGACUUAUCUGUUCCAGUGGAUGAGGAGGACCCUCCCGAAGAUGCACUCACUGUUCUGACAGCUGAAGACAGACAACAGCUGGAGGAGCUACAGCUUUUCAAAAAUAAAGAAACCAGUGUUGCCAUUGAGGUCAUUGAGGACACCAAAGAAAAAAGAACCAUCAUCCAUCAAGCUAUUAAAUCUCUCUUCCCAGGAUUAGAGACAAAAACCGAGGAUAGAGAAGGAAGGAAAUACAUCGUAGCUUACCAUGCAGCUGGCAAAAAGGCUUUGGCAAAUCCAAGAAAACAUUCUUGGCCAAAAUCUCGGGGAAGCUACUGCCACUUUGUUCUAUACAAGGAAAACAAAGACACCAUGGAUGCCAUCAAUGUAUUGUCCAAAUAUUUACGAGUGAAACCAAACAUUUUCUCCUAUAUGGGAACCAAAGACAAAAGGGCCAUCACAGUCCAGGAGAUUGCUGUCCUCAAGAUAAGUGCACAAAGACUCGCCCACCUGAAUAAAUGCUUGAUGAACUUUAAGCUAGGGAAUUUCAGCUAUCAGAAAACCCCUCUGAAAUUGGGAGAGCUUCAAGGAAAUCACUUCACCGUUGUUCUCAGGAAUAUAACAGGAACUGAUGAGCAAGUACAGCAAGCCAUGCAGUCUCUGAAGGAGACCGGUUUCAUUAACUAUUAUGGCAUGCAAAGAUUUGGGACCACAGCUGUCCCUACGUACCAAGUUGGAAGAGCUAUUCUACAGAAUGCCUGGACAGAAGUCAUGGAUUUAAUCCUGAAACCCCGUUCUGGAGCUGAAAAGGGGUACUUGGUGAAAUGCAGAGAAGAAUGGGCCAAGACCAAAGAUCCAGCCUCUGCCCUCAAAAAACUACCUGUCAAAAGGUGUGUGGAAGGGCAGCUGCUUCGAGGACUUUCAAAAUAUGGAAUGAAGAAUAUAGUCUCUGCAUUUGGCAUAAUACCAAGAAAUAAUCGCUUAAUGUAUAUCCAUAGUUAUCAAAGCUAUGUGUGGAAUAACAUGGUGAGCAAAAGGAUAGAAGACUACGGGCUGAAACCUGUCCCAGGGGACCUUGUUCUCAAAGGAGCCACAGCCACCUAUAUUGAAGAAGAUGAUGUUGAUAAUUACUCCAUUCAUGACAUGGUGAUGCCCCUGCCUGGUUUUGAUGUUAUCUACCCCAAACAUAAAAUUAGUGAAGCCUACAGGGAAAUGCUCGCUACAGACAGUCUUGAUAUUGACAACAUGAGACACACAAUUCGAGAUUACUCUUUAUCAGGUGCCUACCGAAAGAUCAUUAUUCGACCUCAGAAUGUCAGCUGGGAAGUCAUUGCAUACGAUGAUCCUAAAAUUCCACUUUUCAACACGGAUGUGGACAACCUAGAAGGAAAACCACCACCAGUUUUUGCUUCUGAGGGCAGAUACCGGGCUCUGAAGAUGGAUUUCUCUCUUCCUCCUUCUACCUAUGCCACCAUGGCCAUUCGGGAAGUGCUAAAAAUGGACACCAGCAUCAAGAAGCAGACCCAGCUGAAUACAAACUGGCUCCGAUGAGAGACACAGACAAGUGCCUGCUCGAUGACCUGUUCUUUUCUCUUUUAAUUGCUGACCCAUAUUUGAUUUUUUAAAACUUUUAUAGUAAAGGAUUAUUUGUAUUUUUUAAAAAAAUUUUGUCAGCUUAAAGAAAUAAUUUGCAAUAUUUGUAUACAUACAAAUCCUGAGGAUCCUAAUUAUAGCUCAGAAGAUAUAAAUUGGUCAGAAUAUACUUUAGGUACUUAAAUCCUAGUACAAUAUCAGCAUUAUGAUUUUAUAACAAUAAAAGGGGGACUUUGGUUUAAAGUAGCAGUUUUAGGUUUUGCUGUGCACCUGAAGUACAAACACCAGGAAUUUUUAUAAGUCCUUAAUUGGAGUACACAGUGGUUCAUCUCAAGAGCAAAUGUAGCAAACAGAUCUCGACUAGAAAUUGGAGUCCAUACUUAACACACUCAUGUUGGUCCAAUGGUAACAAAACACCUGUGGGUUUAUAAAUACGACUUGGUUUUCAUUGUGUGGCUGUGUGUCAGAUUCAGAUAAGCGUUUGUAUACAUCUUACCUUGCAGUGGCUUUCAUGUUGAUAGUAUCAGUGCAUUUCAGGGGAGCCUUUUUCUUGGUGGAGAGAAGUAGUUUUUAUUAACUAGGCAGUGGUGGCACAAGCCUUUAAUUCCUGCACUGGGGAGGCAGAAGCAGACAGAUCUCUGUGAGUUUUGAAACCAGCCUGGUCUACAAGAGCUAGUUCCAGGACAGGCUCCAAAAUUACAGAGAAACCCAGUCUCAAAAAAGGAAAAAAAUAUAUUAUUGGUUAAGGUAUAAUUUUCCUCUAGGUGCCUUUUACUUUCAGGACUCUGUCCACUGGACUCCAGAGUAAUUAGUGAUCAAAAAGAAAACAUGGAAAACUUACAAGGGCUCCCGUCAGCGAUGCUAACCUGUCACCAGCGGCUUCAGCAUUUCCAUCAUGGGCGCCACCAAAAUACCUUUCUCUGAAGGAAUGGAUAUGCCUUUGUGAAGUUGUAUACUGUGACUCUACUAAUUUUAUUUUCUAUUAUUUCGAGAAACAAAUGUAAUAAAUAUUUUUUGAGAAUUCCUUUCUUCUAAUUAUGUAAAUAAAUCAAAUAAAUAUUCUAAAACUGAGUGCAUGGAAACAUCUUGUCCCAGACUAAAGGAAAGUAAGGCACUCAGUGAGUGAAAGAUCCUUGACAGGUGGCAUGCAGUGUCUUGAUGAGGUAUGGAAUGUGAGAAUCAGGUACAGCAGCAUCCAUUGGGGUGACUGAUGGCGUGGCCUGGUCACAGCCAUCCCUCCCACUGUGCUUUCUGGAGUGUAGAGAAAUGACUGGGGAAGAGUGACUAGCGUGUAUCCUAGAGCUGACCCUGAAACACACUUGAAAACCUUUCUUCAUAUUGGCCUGUGCCGCUGCUAAGACCACAAAGGAGUGAGAAACAGAACUAAUAACUGAGUUGUUUAUGAGAAGACUUGGUCUCCUAUUGGAAAUGUUUGCAGUACUACAUGUAAAUUAACAUUUAAACAAAGAAGCUCAGUUUAUAGUCCUCAUCUGGGAAAUACUUUGAGGCCUAUGUGCAGAGUUAAUUUUCCUGGUCAUGUCAGCCAAUUUCACCAAUUUGUAUAUGUCUCUUUGUAGUUUUAAAAUUACAUCUUAUUGUAUGUGCACACAUAAUCUUUUUAAGUUACAUCUUAUUUAUUGUAUCUGUGCAUGCCUGUUUGCGUGUUCAUGUACAUGUCUCACAGCAUACAUGUGGAUGUCGGAGAACAAUUGCAGAAGUCGGUUACCUCCUUCCAUCAUGGAGUCUCAGAACCAAACCCAGUCACCAGUCUUGGCACCAAGCACCGUUAUCCACGGAACCAUCUCAUUGGCUCCCUGUAUAGGCAUCGUUGUAAAUAUUAACGAAAAAAAAUAAUGAUAUGAGUCAGAUUCUUCAAGCUAUUUUGAGACUUAAGAAUAUAUGUUUAGCUCUAGAAAUUUGAUGUUGGAUAAGCCAUCGCCUUGGCAUGGAAGUCAGAACACGUCCUUUGAUGUUAACAGUAGGAAAAGGAUUCUCUGAAGCAAAUCUACAAACUGGUACAUUUCCUAAUGCAAAAGUAAGGUAAAGCUUAGUGUGGUGACCUGUGGUCAGCAGCUGGGAGGCUGAGGCAGGAUUGCCAUGAGUGUGAGGCCAGGUUUACACUUGAGAACCACAUAAGUGAGUUUUAAAGUGGCAGGGCUUGUUGGCUCGUACUUUAAUCCCAGAAUGCUAGACUGAGGCAAGGAGAACUCAGUGAGUUAGAGGCCAGUCAGGGCUACACAGUGAGACUUGCUCACAAAGAAAAGAAAAUGGCAACUUUUAUUUGGUCAGCCUAAGAGAUUUGGUUUGGUUUUCAAACGAACAAAUUCUAGUCAAGGCUACCCUGGAAUUCACUAUGUAGCCAAGUCUGGCCUUAAACUUAACAAUCCUAGCUGGAUUUCCCAAGUCCUAAGAGUACAGGCAUAAGCUGUGUACCUGAGCUACAUGCCUGGGUCCUAUGUUUCAUAUUACAUACAGUUAUAGUACUAGGUAGCCAUUAUUUACUGUAGGGUGAACCUUUCAUAAGCUGACUAUAUGUUGCUCUCAUUGGUUAAAUAGUAAAGCUGCUGUCUGAUGGUGGUGGCUCACGCCUUUAAUCCCAGAGGUAAAGGCUUAAAGGCAGGAUUUCUAAAUUCAAGGCCAGCCUGGACCACAGAGUGAGUUCCAGAACAGCCAAGGCUACACAGAGAAACCCUGUCUUGAAAAAACAAAUAAAUACAUAAAUAAAUAAGUGAUAAAAGCAGCUUUGGCCUAUAGCCAGGCAGAGCACAGGUAAAACCACAAGACACAUGACAAAACAUAGAUUGAUAGAAAUGGGUUAAUUUAAAAAUAAGAGCCAUUUAGUAAUAAGCCUGAACUGUUUGGCCAAGAAUUUUGAGGGAUUAUUUAAAAGUGUCUGUGGGACAGGUCUGAACAGAGAAACCUCUAUUUACAAUUACCAAACACAAACAAGAAACAAAACUCCUAGUUCUUACUUCUUCGAGGCUUAGGGAUUAUUUAAUUAUCGUUAUCAAAGGAAAGGCAGGGAGAAUAUAGGAACCAGAAGAUGAGUAGAAGGGCUAUGAAAUGCAAUCUUCUGGAAUGGCAUGGCCAUUACAACCAUAAAUCACAUAGCUACUGUAUAUGCCAAGGGCCAAUCAUGCAGUGGGAAGAGAUUUACAGGUGGAAGGGUGACCAGAGAUUGAUCUAUGAAGUAGUGAAAGUAGUUGAUGCACUUUUAUGUAUGUAAAAUUGUCAAAUAGCAAAUUUAAUUCAAAUGUUUUAAAGCUAGUUGAUUUAAGAAUCUUCAUGUUUUCAUGCAAGUGGCCAUGUUAAAAUGUUAAAAUAAUGUUAAAUUCCUAACAGAUAUGGGAAUUUCUGUCUUUGAGGUACUGAGAAAUUGAGGCAAGAGAUUACUUAAUUAUAGGAGUUUGGAGCCAGCCCAAGCAACAAUAGUGAGCAAAAACCUCAGCUCAGAUAAAUAGAUAAAUAAACUCCUGAUUGAUUCCUAGAUCAACCAGUACUUUGGCACCAGCUGCAAUAGUACAUGUAGUAUUUACAUUGGGAUAGAUUCUGUGGCCAAUUUGAAUGAAAAGAAGCUUGUGUGUAAAAACUAAAUGAAAUAAGAGUUUCUCAAGUACUACAUGUAAAUGUGAUCUGGGUGCCAGACUAUGCUGGUUUGAGGUUUUAUCUUGAUAUUUUGAAACAGGCUCUCACUAACUUGUGCCCUAGGCUGUUGUUAAACACAGUUUCCUUCUGCCAUAACUUUCCAAGUGCUAGAAUAAAAAGUGUGUACCACCA